UCAGACUCUUUAACUCAGAGUUAUGGCCCUUGAUUAGUUAUGCAGUAUGCAUAUAGAGUAAAAAUCGUUUCCGCACUACUUCUCUGCAACUACUGGCUGGAAUUCAACAAAACUUUAUGGGAACCUUCAAUACCAAGAGGAGAUGCGCAUAUCAUCGGCUUGUUCCGGUCAGACACUUUAACUCAGAGUUAUGGCCCUUGAUUAGUUAUGCAAUAUGCAUAUGGAGUAAAAAUCAUUUCCGGAGUAGUUUUCUCUGCAACUACUGGCUGGAAUUCAACGAAACUUUAUAGGAAUCAUCAAUAUCAAGAGGAGAUGCGCAUAUCGUAGGCUUGUUCGGGUCAGACCCUUUAACUCAGAGUUAUGACCCUUGAUUAGUUAUGUAGUAUGCAUAUAGAGUAAAAAUCGUUUCCCCACUACUUCUCUGCAACUACUGGCUGGAAUUCAACAAAACUUUAUGGAAACCUUCAAUACCAAGAGGAGAUGAGCAUAUCUCGGCUUGUUCCGGUCAGACACUUUAACUCAGAGUUAUGGCCCUUGAUUAGUUAUGCAGUAUCCAUAUAGAAAAAUAUUUGUUUCCUCGCUACUUCUCUGCUACCACCGGCUGGAAUUCAAUGAAACUUUAUGGGAUACUAAGAGGAGAUGUGCAUAUAGUCGCCUUGUUUCAGUCAGAUACUUAUAACUCAGAUUUAUGGCCCUUGAUUAGUUAUGUAGUAUGCAUACAUCUCAUUGGCAUUUCCAGAUUUUACUAUUUUACACAAAGUUAUGGCUCUGUUAUUUCCCUGAAUAUUUAUCAAGUUCAAAGAAUAUUACUGUUUAUGCCAUGAUUAAUAUAUAAAUAAAGCCUUAUGUCUUCAGUUGUUGUGUUAAUAAUAACCAGUACUCGGCGGGGGAUAUAAAUUCAACGAAUUUGCUUGUUUAUAUUUAAUUAAUUCAUUGUUUAAAAUAAAAUUAAUUCCAUAAUAAAAUAUAAAUAUAUUUUGAACAUUGUUCACAGUUUGGAUAAUGAUCGCCCAAUCGAACUCAACCAAUUACAAUAUACAUGAAUAUAGAUUAACACAGUGUACCGUUAAUAUUGUUUUCAAUAGGAUAAUAUUUCUUAAUAUGACGUAUUCGACAAACAGAUGUUCUAACAACAAUUAUAUUGAAGUAUUUAUCAUUUGACCUAUGUAAGCUGGAAAACCUUUAGACAUGUUCUAUGUAAUAAUAGUUCAACCUCGGUUGGCUCGAACUACCGAUCUCUCGAACAAAUUUUCACAGACCCUCCGAGUUCGAGCGAACGAAGUUCGACUGUAUAAUGUUUGGCUACUCUGCAUCUUUUGCAAGAGAUUUCUGUUUGACACAUUAUAAUAUUUUAUCUAUCAAACUGUAAAAUGUUCCUCUUUAAAUGAUAAUACCUAGGUUGUUUUAAAUGGAGGGUAUUGUACAAUUCCUCAGUUGAUAAUGAUUAAAAAUUGUACAAUAAUUAGAUUAAGAGCAAAUCUUGGGAGAAGAAUCCCAAUAUACACAGAUUUUUUUUCACGUGUUUCUAAUUUAAAGCAGGUGAAAGUAACAAAGAUGUGUUUGUACAGACACAGGAGGAAAUAUAUCAAAGGCGCAAAGCAGAGUUAAAAGAUGGUCUGUGUGAAUUCUACAAGGCAAGACACAGUCGUAUUUUCCUGUUGCCUCUUUUUCAAGAGAAAGACACUACAUUUGCUUCUUUCUAUAUCAGACCGGAACUGAGCUUGAGAAUUGCAACACAGAUGAGAAAUGCUGAAAACUUACCCGUUAAAUCAUUAUCGGAGAUUUUUGGAAAAAGGCAAAAUCAAGAAAUUUAUGUACUUGCUGAUGCUGGACUUGGAAAAACUGCAUUUUCAAAGUAUCUGGCUAACGUGUGGUGUCAAGCUCAUUGCCCAGAUGAAGACAUGAUUAAAUUUUUUUUCAAGGAUGACAUAGACUGUAUGCGAGAAUUUGAUUUCUUGUUCCUAGUGUUAUUGAGAGAUGCGGACAAUUUAUGCUGUAUAGAUGACCUUAUAUUUCAAAAAAUUGUUUCAAGAUUGGGACUAGAAGAAACAAUUUCUAUAGAUGUCCUGCUUAAAAUUUUGGAAAAUGAGAAAUGCCUAGUAAUACUUGAUGGAUUAGAUGAAUGGACUCAUCCUGACAAGGAAUGUAACAAAUUGCCCAGAUUGAUCCCCCACAGACCAUCAUUUCUCGAUGACCAGGAAAAGUGUACAGUACUGACAACCUCGCGGCCCUGGAAAUUAGAACUUUUGGAACCAAAUUUUGUUCAUGUAGGAGAAAAGGUAGAACUUGCACAACUAAGUUAUGGCUCAGCAGUCAAACUUAUUAGUAGGAUAUUACAAACAUUGAAGUCUUACCGAGAUAAGGAUGCAUUACAUUGUGACACCAUACAGUUGAUGGAAACAAUCAGUCAGAUGCAAAACUCCAAGCUUGCUUUUGUACCUCUACUUUUAAUAUAUACAACUUGUUUAUGGUGCAAUGGUAUUCAAAUAGGGAAUUCAAUAGUUGAUUUCUAUUUGGAAAUAGUCGAGCUUCUUUUAUCGAGAUCAAGUCAAAUCUAUGGUGAGCUUCAACAAUGGCAGGAACUUUCUUCCAGUGAAAUCCCAAAAUGCUUUGCUGAAUAUGAUAACUGUUCUAAACACUUUCCACGUCUGUUGUGUUUAGGAAAAUUAGCUUAUAAUACACUAUUCAAUGAAACAAAAGAAAACACACUAGUAUUUGACGGAUCAGUUGCUAGAAAAUAUCUCACACCAGACGAGAUGAAAUUCACCAUGCGCUCAGGAAUGUUGUCAGAAAGUACAUCUAAAACACUAACAAAAAAGUUCAGUAAAGUAUCGUUUUCCCACAAAACAUUUCAAGAAUUCUUUGCCGCCAUUUUUAUAAGUUCUCAAAGUGAUGCUUGGAAAACUGUUCAAGAGAAAUGUAGAAAUGUUCGAGAUAUUCUGGACAUGUCAAAAAUUUGUGAAUUUAUGAGUGGAAUGAAUGCUGACUUGAUGUGUGAAAUAUCAAAUGAUUUGAUGUCUGUGAUAAAUGAAGACGAGAUUACACGCAACUAUAGAACUAGUACAGGUGGCGGAAACAUGGUGUACAAUAAUCCAUUGUAUAACAUACAGGAAAUGUUCAUGUCGUGUUUACAAGAAAUGCCUGAAAGUGAAAAUAUUCAAUUAUGUUUACAAGAUUUCUUCAUUAACGAGGACACCAAGCACAGUAAGCAGUUACAACGUUUGUUAAAACAAAAUAAAACCAACAUAAAGUCACUUUAUAUAAACAUGAGAUAUAUUUCCAGCAGUUUACGUGAAAUUAUAGAUUUAUUCUCUCUCACAGAUCUCAGUCAUAUACAGAAACUUAACUAUGAGGGUUACAGGGAGGAGGAGGCUAAGAUAAACAGGAUAUUAUUUCCCAGUUUACAGGACGUAUAUUUGUCGCGGUGUAAAUUGACAAAUGAUGGAAAUCUGAGUGAAAAUUUAGCGCGAGUACAAAACAUGCAAUAUUUAUAUAUUGGCGAGUUCACGUUACCUCACAAAAUACUGGAAACAUUUCUCAAUUUUAUCUCUGGUCAAAGAUCAAUGAAAAAGUUAACAUUGAACAGGUUAUACUGUAAAGAACAUGGCCGCCAUGAUUGUAAGAGAUUGAACUUGAACUUGGACUUGUCUCAACAUUCAACUCUAUCAAAGUUAGACUUGGAGUAUUUACCUGGGAGGCUACAAUUAAAUACAUCAACACCGUCAUUAGUUGAUGUUUCGUUGUCGGACAUCAAUCUAGAUGAAAGUUCAUUGUUACUGUCACGUGACAUGUUGAAUAUUGAACGUGUGGAGUUGUGGAGAACAGAAAUGUCUGCAGAAAGUUUACAGAACUUUAUUAUCGUGCUGAAAAAUCUGCCGCAGUCAGUUACAGUUAAGAUGGACCACAUUACACAGAGAACAGAAUAUGACCGUGUUAGAGAAAAUAUUCGGAGAUCUCAAAUUUUUCAUGUGAUACGAGACAACGACUCCUGGCAGGAGUUUGAGUUCAAAACAAUAAAACCGAGUAAAGAAUAAACAAAGGAAAAACAUUGUACAAUAAACUGAAGAAAUUACUUUAAUAAUUUUAAAUGAAAAAAAUUUAAAAAUGGACACUCAAAAAACAAAAUGACGAUUUCUUCUAUGUUAUAUAUGUACUGUAUAGUUUGGUCAUUUAAUUUACAAACAUAUCAGUUUAAAGUUUAAUUAAGUGACAGUUGUUUAUAAAUAAAUAAAACAAUUUUAAGAGGAGAAAUAAUUCGAGGAAGUUUUUUUUUUCCACCGGAACUUUAUGGAUAACUUGGAAUUAGGAUUUGGAAAUA